UGAGAAAGACCAGCCCUUCGGUGCUGCGAUCUGAGGAAUGGAACUGGACGGCGCUCGGGAAACCUCAGCGCAGGAAGGCUCUUCCUUGCCUGAAGAGCGAUCUCCCUCCGCCCUGGGACAGGCCUUCUCCAAGAUUUUGCACCGUCUCACCGGCCGGGAUGCACGAGGGGUCAAAGGAAGAGCUGCAGCUCUCCAAGAUCUCGGUGCUCUAAUAGAACACACGGAAUGUGAUAGAUUAUUUGAGGGUGAGCUCCGCGGAAUGCCGCAGGUACUGGAGCAGGUGGCGAAAACUCUGGAGACGUACGCAGCCCCACCCAAGGAGGAGGAAGGUAGAGGUGAUAGCCACUGUCAAGUGGCUGAGAAAGCAGCAGAAGUUGGGUUACUGUUCCUUAAGCUCUUGGGAAAAAUCGAGACUUCCAAGAAUUCUCUGGUCUGCCCUGCGCGGAAGACAGGCCUACGUCACUUGGCGGGACCCAUCUAUAUUUUUGCCAUCACACACAGCUUGGAGCAACCAUGGACCAGCCUAAGAUCUCGGGAAGUUGCUAGAGAGGUUCUCACGUUACUGCUUCAAGUUACUGAAUGCGGUUCUGUGGCAGAAUUCCUACACGGAAAAAAUGAAGAUGAGAAAGGGAGGUUUACUAUGAUAAUGGGACUUCUUAAACCCAGUUUGAAUAAGGAAUCCUGGAAGAGCAAUCCUGCCAUCAAACUUGUUUUCUCAUGGACUUUGCAACAAGUUACUCGACCCUGGCUGACCCAUCAUCUGGAAAGGAUACUUCCCCCUUCAUUGCUUAUCUCAGAUGAUUAUCAGACUGAGAACAAAAUCCUGGGUGUGCACUGCCUCCAUCACAUUGUCCUCAAUGUACCAGCUGCUGAUUUGCUCCAGUAUAACAGAGUCCAGGUCCUGUACCAUGCCAUUUUCAACCACCUCUACACCCCAGAGCACGAUCUCAUUCAGGUUGUGCUCCUGUGUCUGCUGGAUUUAUUCCCCAUCCUGGAGAAGGCCCAGCAGUGGAAGGGAGAUGGAGCUCGGCCCACCACACACUGUGACGAGGUGCUGCAGCUGAUCCUGACCCACAUGGAGCCUGAGCACCGCCUUCUCUUACGCAGGACCUAUGCGAGACACCUACCAGCUUUCGUGAAGCGGUUGGGGAUCCUAACUGUCCGGCACUUGAGGAGGCUAGAGCGAGUCAUCAUUGGUUAUCUGGAGGUUUAUGAUGGACCAGAAGAGGAGGCUAGAUUGAAGAUAUUGGAAACCCUAAAACUUGUUAUGCAACAUACCUGGCCAAGAGUUUCCUGCAGACUUGUGGUCCUACUGAAAGCUCUCUUGAAACUGCUAUGUGAUGUAGCGAGGGAUCCAAACCUGACACCUGAGCCUGUUAAGAGCGCCCUGCUGCAGGAGGCCACAGACUGCCUGAUUGUCCUGGACCACUGCUCUCAAGGACAGGUGAAGGGUCUCCUGGCCAACGCUGUCCAAAGCUGUGAAGACAGCAAGGUGGUGAAGUGUCUCAGAGAAGUGCAGCAGGCUUCUGAAGGCACUCCCUUCGAUGGAACUUAAGAUUUGUAUUACUUUCCCAAUGGGAAAAAGAUCCUUCUGAAUUAUUUAAGGAAAAAAGGUAUUUUUACAC